AGCCGGAGAUGCUGCCAGCCCUCCCCGGGCCGCGCUCGCUGUGCCGCCGCCGCCGCUGCCGCCGCGCGCCGGGAGCCGCGGGCCGGGCCAGCCGGGGCCCAGUGCGCCGCGCUCGCAGCCCGUAGCGCCGCCAGCGCACUCGGAACGCUCGCUGCCAGGGCGGCCCGGCGGGGCGCGAGAGAGGUGGGUGGGGGUGGGGGGUCCCCCAGGCCGGACCCGGGCAAAACAAAACACACCCACAUAAAAAGAGAAGAAGGAAAAGAAGGAAAGGGGGAAGGGGGGCGCGAGGCCGCCCCGCCGGCCCGGGAGGCAGGAUGAGCAUCGAGAUCCCCGCGGGACUGACGGAGCUGCUGCAGGGCUUCACGGUGGAGGUGCUCCGGCAUCAGCCCGCGGACCUGCUGGAGUUCGCGCUGCAGCACUUCACGCGCCUGCAGCAGGAGAACGCGCGCUUCGGCCAGGAGGGCAGGACCUGGGGGGACGCCGUCGGGGGCGGCACCCCCAGCAAAGGGGUCAACUUCGCCGAGGAGCCCGCGCACACCGACUCGGAGAACGGGGAGGAGGAGGAGGAGCCGGCGGCGGUUCCAGAUGCCGGGGCGUUCAACGCUCCAGUAAUAAACAGAUUCACACGGCGUGCUUCAGUAUGUGCAGAAGCUUAUAAUCCUGAUGAAGAAGAAGAUGAUGCCGAAUCCAGGAUUAUACACCCCAAGACUGAUGAUCAAAGAAAUCGGUUGCAAGAGGCCUGCAAAGACAUCCUGCUCUUUAAGAAUCUGGACCCGGAGCAGAUGUCUCAAGUAUUAGAUGCCAUGUUUGAAAAAUUGGUCAAAGAAGGGGAACACGUAAUUGAUCAAGGUGAUGACGGUGACAACUUCUAUGUAAUCGAUAGAGGAACAUUUGAUAUUUAUGUGAAAUGUGAUGGCGUUGGAAGAUGUGUGGGUAACUACGAUAAUCGUGGGAGUUUUGGCGAGCUGGCCUUAAUGUACAAUACACCCAGAGCAGCUACGAUCACCGCUACCUCUCCUGGGGCUCUGUGGGGUUUGGACAGGGUAACCUUCAGGAGAAUAAUUGUAAAAAAUAAUGCCAAAAAGAGAAAAAUGUAUGAAAGCUUUAUUGAGUCACUGCCAUUCCUUAAAUCACUGGAGUUUUCUGAACGCCUGAAAGUGGUAGAUGUGAUAGGCACCAAAGUAUACAACGAUGGGGAACAAAUAAUUGCUCAGGGAGACUCAGCUGAUUCCUUUUUUAUUGUAGAAUCUGGAGAAGUGAAAAUUACUAUGAAAAGAAAGGGUAAAUCCGAAGUGGAGGAGAAUGGUGCAGUGGAAAUUGCUCGGUGUUCUCGGGGCCAAUACUUUGGAGAACUUGCUCUGGUAACGAACAAACCUCGAGCAGCUUCCGCGCAUGCCAUCGGGACCGUCAAAUGUUUAGCCAUGGAUGUGCAAGCAUUUGAAAGGCUUUUGGGACCUUGCAUGGAUAUCAUGAAAAGGAACAUUGCGACCUAUGAAGAACAGUUAGUUGCCCUAUUUGGAUCAAACAUGGAUAUCAUUGAACCCACUGCAUGAAGCAAAAGUAUGGAGCAAGAAGACCUAUAGUGACAAAAUUACACAGUAGUGGUUAGUCCACUGAGAUUGUGUUUGUGUAGAUGCCAAGCAUUUUCUGUGAUUUUUCAGGUUUUUCCUUUCUUUUUUAUUUUACAUUUAACAACGUAUCAGUAAACAGAGUAGUGAUCUAAUAGUCAAUAUGCUUUAACAUCACUUUCUAAAAAGUAGAUCAUAAAAAAAUUGAUCAAAUGACUUUCUACUCUAUGAAAUUAUUGGACUGAGAGAUUGAUUCGAAUAAUUGUAAUAUAUUGCAAAUAUCUAUGUUUCAGAAGAUAAUGAAAGGACAUUAUCCAUAGGCAAUAGGUAUUCAUUUUGACUUGCUCAGAUUGGUAAGGUAGUGACUGUGUCCAUGUCAGAGGGAAUUUGGCAAUGAAUCAUGGUCCAUAGCGUGGCAUCACAUUCUUUUUACAACUCAUUUUAUAUAUAUAUACAUAUAUAUAGUAAGUACAAUUUUAAUCAUGUUUGUCUUCAAGUUUUUCUGGCUUGAUAAGUUUUGUGCUGGCUUUGGCCUAUUGGUGAAAUGGUAUAAAACAUCAUAUGCAAUUUUAAGACUUUUUAUAUUUUUGCAAUAAACUACAUUUUGACUUCUCUGGCAUAAUGUCAUUCGCCUACAUAUUUUGUUGGUUUUAAAGACAUUAUGAUUAUAGGGAAGAGUUUUUUAAGAUGAGAUAUCAUUAAUACAUUUCUCUGCUUCCUUUGUUCAUUUUGCAGUUUUCUGUAUUCUUUAUCUUUAAAGGUUUCAGUUUGAUAUUUAAUGUCACAAAUACAUUGUUCAAUACACUACUUAAACUUUCUUGUCCUCUGAAAGUUUAAGAUUUUAUAUAUACACUCAAAGAAAAUCCUCAUAUCAAAAAUAUUUUGGGACCCAUACUGCAUCAGCAAUUCUACAAGAUAUUUCCGUGUUCUUCAUUAGGCUGACAUACAAAGCUUUGCAGACACUUGCUGCCUGGAUUCCUUCCAAGUUUAUAGAAGUACAUUCUUAAAAGCAUAAUCACAUAAAGUCAAAAGGAAUUUCUGCCCACUCCAAAUACACCAUUACAUGCCAGAUGCCUUGCCAUUUGUUUUGAUGUAAACUCAUUGUUAAAAGAGCAGAAUAAACUCAAUGCAUACAUUCUCAUUGAUAAUUGUGAUCAUUGUGAUAAUCAUUCUGCUACCUGAGUUAUAUUCAGCCAUAACAAUAUAUUCUUACAUGAUUUCUGAAUGUAUAUGAUCCCAGUAUUGAGAUUAAUUCUAGCCAAAUGUUCCCUCUUACAUGAACAAUUUAAUUUUGGGAAACAUGUUUCAAGGAAAUAUACAUGGGUGAAAUUAAUCUAUGGCUAGUGUGCUCUUUAUUAGAGAAUGCUUAUGGUCUUGAAUAAUGGAAAUGUGGUUUUAAAUUGCUAAUCAGAUAAUGUGUAUAUAUACAUGAAGAUAAGGUAUGUAAAAUAUUACUAACCACAUUUUAGAACACUUGUAACAAUUUUUCAGACUUUGUUAGGAACAGAGCUUACUAUAUGGAGAUGACUUGUUUUCUAUUUCAGACUUUAUUUUAAAAGCCCUCUCAUCAAAUAAGAAAAGAAGUCACAAAAUCCCAAAUUCCUGGUUCAUCAUUCUGUAUUAUGAACUUUAUUCACUUUCCCAAGUCAUCUGCUUUGUUGCAUAAAUUGUUAACUAUUCAUUGAAUAGCAAAUAAAUGCCUGUUUAAUAAAGAACUCUGACCAAGGCUAUAAAUGCCAGUUACAUUAUUUUCAGUAUUGUUGGUUAUAUUUAAAUUUUCCUUAUAAUAAAGCACACUUUUAUA